CUUGGCAGUCUUGGCUAAUAAAUUUUAAAGCUUUAGAAUCUGGGUGACGUUAUAAAUGACUGUGUAUUAAAUUAAAUUAAGUCCUUGCGAAAUUUAAAUAUAAUAAGGCAACUGGCGACCUUAUCGUUAUUAAAAUAAAGAAAGAGAUUUCGCUGAGCGCAUUCAAGCGCUUUUAGGACGGCGCAACUGCAUAAUCUCUGUACGCCAUUUCAAUGUUUUUUUAUGCAACCAGACAGCAAGCUACAGCAGGAAGCACGAUUCGCAGAUGAUCGCAUUCAUCUUUAUGGAUGCAGUGAAAUUGUUGCCGUUUUUUGUUGAAGAACCUUAGUUGGUGAACAUACUAUUGAAGGAUUCAGAGGAUUGUGGCACAACUCUUAUUAAUUGAGACAAGUAGUCACCGCUGCUAGUGUGACUUUACAUUAUUGGACAUCUUUACAUUAUUGGAUUUUUUGUGUUGCAUAACAGUGAUAACACCGAGAUUACUCGCAAGACGAGGACUGAAGAGGUUACGCGGUAAAAAUUCUUGUGGAAAUUGGAAUGGAUCGGACAUCUCCGAAUGUUCGGUCGUCCUCGCGAAAUUCCGUAAAUGCCGGUGCCAGCAAUGUUAAUGAGCAGUUGAGAAGUUCUCCUCGCUGUGAUGUCAAGCACCGCGCUGGCAACGCCAAUACUGUGACUUUCGUUGUUAACGGAACUCAUUUCACUAUUAACCGUGACUGCGUGGCGGCCCAUCCGGAAACCAUGCUGGGGAAAAUGGUUGCUUGCUCACCUACCCACGAUAUCGUUAAGCAGAACGAUCGAGGCGAUUUUGUGUUAAAUAUGGACUUUUCUGCCGAUUUCUUCCGUGUGGCACUGGACUACUACAAGCUGGGCUACAUUAAGCAUCCCGCUGACAUCUCCCUGGCUGAUCUCCGCGACCUGUGUGAUUUCCUACUGAUCCCCUUCAACGCCAACACCAUCAAGACCUAUGAUCUCCGCGCACUCUUACACGAGAUCUCUAAUGACGGAGCACGACGCGAAUUCGAAUCUCAGUUAGAGCAGAAGAUUAUGCCUUGUAUUGUACAGCGAGCGCUGAAAGGUGAGCGCGAGUGCAACGUGGUAAUCCUGAUGGAUGACGAAGAAGUGCACUGGAAUGACAAGCUCCCACCGCCGUCUGGUGAAGAGCAAUCGCAGAUCUUGCAUAGCACCGCCUUGCUCACAUUCUUUAAAUACGUGGAAAAUCGGGAUGUGGCCAAGCGAGUGCUGACGGAGCGCGGUUUUAAGAAGGUGUGUCUGGGCACGGAAGGGUUCCCGACGCAUGUCGACCGGAUUCGGCCGCGCUGGGAUGGAAAGCUGGAGGCGUCGUAUUUCUACGUGCAGCGGCCGUUUAUUCGGCUGUCGUGGGAGAAGGAGGACGCCCGCAGUCGGCAUGUGGAUUUCCAGUGUAUUCGCUCGCGAUCACGAUCUGCAGGAUCGCUGGCAGCCGCUGCUGCUGAACAUCCCCUGGACGAUGUUAACGCCAUUGUGAAUAUUCCCGUGGAGCCGGAACCUGAUGUGGAGUUUCCGGUGGAGCAACCGGUGGUGGUAGAACCGGAGGAGGCUGGUGUGUCCAGCGGGGAAGAGGAGGAACACGAAUAAGGAUUGAAGCGACGGUGGAACGAACAUUCAGGGAUGUUUUGAGUGUACGAGUAUCGGCUUCUACGUAACGGUUUAUAUUCCGUGCCACGGUGGAUGUUUUUUGAAGUGGGUGCAAUUUAUGUGAUUUUUGGCAAAAUUUGUUUCCUCUCGUUCCUCGGUUUCUCCUGUGCAGUGCUCCAAUUUUUGGAAAGUUCCCACUUUUGAUGUUUCCUUGUGAGCUCUUUUGGUUCGUGUCUGUCUUCUUUGGCGAAUAUAUUUCCUCUCUUUUUGCAUCCGCUUUCCUAGUCACGAUGACUUCGUGCUUUAAAUAGAUUAAUGGAGUUGCGGGAUAAGAAUAUGGUUAAUUUAUUGAUGCUGUGCUGUCUUGUUAUUUUCAAAACAGCACAAGCGGCGAUGUUUGUGUAUAAAUGACUGUAGGUACGGUAAAUAGAUCGAAAUAAACUGACUUAAAACUUG